AAGCUGGUUUGAUAUCAUUUUUAAAGGCCAAGAUGUUUUGGACGUUGCAGGGAGAACUGAAUUGCUGUAACUAUGUGGGCAUUGCAGAGAUGCAAGAAAAAGCAUCCCAGCUGAGACGAAACAUGCAGCGAGCGAACAACUAUGCUCGAGCUGCAAAGACAGGGAAGGGGCGAUGUGCAAGGCAGUUACGUGGAAAGAAGAAGCCUUUAGAAGGUGGAUUUAGCCCCUCUCACUCCAGGCUUCCUGAAACUUCCAAGCUCACCAUGCCCAAGGUCUUUGGACCUUUUCCAGAAGUCGUGAAUAAGCAGGUGGACAGAAACGCCGCUUCAAACCCUGACCUGAAGCAGCAGUGGGCUGGCGUAUCAGCGAUGAGCCAGAAAAGCAUGGUCGAUUUGCAUCCUAUAGUGCUCAACCCUGGAGGUUUUUACAACUCCCUGCAGGCUGGUAACGGCGUCAAUAAGCUGAGACACACCAACAUCUCAAGAUUGCUUGGUGGUGCUUCCACACCGUCUCCCCUGCAUGUUGACUCUGCAGGCACUAAGCCUGCAGCCCCUGUGCUCACCACACCCAUGCCCUGCAAGUUUCAAGGUGGUGGAGAAGAAGAAAUGGACAGUGAGAAACCUGGGCCCAGUUCAUCUUCAAACGGGGCGUAA